GUCGAUGCUGCUAUUCGACGGGGUUUUAACCAGUGAGGAUAUGAUCAAAGCAGGAUCGCCUCGAGAACUCUAGGAUCACGCUUUGUUUAUUCUCCUGGUUUUGGAAUAUGAAAUAUGAUGCCUGUACGCCUCCUCUGCCUCCUACUUGGUCUGCAGCCGUUCGUUGGCCAGUUCACGGGUGGCAACCGUAAUGGAAGUGCUCCUAGUCCUGGCGUGGCAUGUUUUUAUGCAUGCGUACUCCCCAGCGACAUUGAUACUCGUGGAUGACACGCUUCUCCGAACGCCAAGGCUAUUGGAAACACAUUUAUUGGUGGCUAUGAUUGGCCUUGCAACCAAUCGGAGGAUCUUGCAGUCCAAGAUACAAUUCCCUGGCACCCCACCAGGCUGCCAACCCAUGAGGCUCAUGGCUUUUUGCAACGGUAUCCUGCCCGGAAAACUCGUCCAACAUAUAAAGCCACCCAUCUGACGCUUCAAACACAUUUGUCACAACUACCGCCUCCAACACCCGCUCGUCGUACAACCACG